GGUGACGAGCGAUGGAGCCGCGCUGAGCUCGCCUCCGCAGGAUGCCGCACAAGAUUGGCUUUAUAGUCGUUAGCUCAUCGGGACACGAAGAUGGCUUCAGUGCAAAAGAGCUGAUGGUUCACGCACCAACAGUGAACGGAUGGCGGUCACCAAGACUCUGUCAGUAUCCACAAGAAAUCGUUCUGCAGUUGGUGGAGAGAUGUCGAAUACGAAAACUGCAGCUGCUUGCUCACCAGUACAUGAUUUCAAGCAAAAUUGAGUUCUUCAUCAGUGAAAGCUUGCCUGAAUACUUUGCUCCUUAUCAAUCAGAGAGGUUUCACAGACUAGGUUAUGUCCCUCUCUCAGACAAUGAGAAGACAGGUUUCAAAGCUCGAGAGUUAAAAUCUGUUUAUAUGGAUGCAGUUGGCCAGUACCUGAAGCUGAUUUUCCAUAAAAAUUAUGUCAAUAAAUACAACUUGUACAGUCAGGUUGCCCUGGUAGCUAUAAAUAUUAUUGGAGAUCCAGCAGACUACAGUGAUGACAGCAAUAAAUACCCUUCCAGGGAGAAGCUGAUAGACCACUACUUAGGAAGUAAAUCAGAUGAUCCUGCCUUAGAUGGAACAUACCUAGGGAAGCCUGACUCCAUCUCACCUCUGGAUGAUUUGGCUUUUGACAUGUACCAGGAUCCAGAAGUUGCUCAGAUAAUACGCAGACUAGAUGAGAAGAAGCAUGAAGCUGUCCAUCAGGAGCGCUACGAUUACGCCAAGAAACUCAAACAAGCUAUUGCAGACUUGCAGAAGGUAGGGGAACGACUUGGACGGUAUGAAGUGGAGAAACGCUAUGCUGUAGAGAAAGAGGAUUAUGAUCUUGCUAAGAAGAAAAAGCAACAAAUGGAUGCGUACCGCCUGAAAGUGUAUCAGCAGCUGCAGCUCCACAACCUUCUGGAUGCAGAGCUGAUGUCUCGAAAGCCAUCUGAACUGCCUGUGGAGCCUGUGAUUUAUGAUGACAGUCUUCAGCGCACAAAGGCUACAAAUUCACCUUCUUGUGAGAACACAGAACUGCAGACUUCACAGGGAGAGCUGUGGAAAGCAGAGUCUUUGCUGGAAGAGAAGCCAGCAGACCCUACUUCUCCUGAGCCUGUUUUUCGCCAUCAGUCUACUCCUCCCACUCUGUCUCAUUCCACAGCCUCCAGGGAAGUGUUUGCCCAAGAAGAGGCUGAAUUUUUACCUUAUGAUGAGAGACCUCUCCCAGCCAUCCAGAAACACUCUGAGGAAGCAAUUAGAUACCUUGAGCCAGAAAGGACUGAGGGGGACAUCAGUAAUACUCCAAGAAGUGGCAUUACUGGGGAACCAGAACCACUGAGUGAGAAGGCACUGAGGGAGGCCAGCCCUGCUAUUGAAGUUUUUGGAGAAGCUUUGGUCUCUGGAGCAUAUUCCAAAAGUUGGUCAUAUCGAGAAGAUGCAUUACUGGCUGUGUAUAAGAAGCUGAUGGAAAUGUCAGUAAGCACUCCAAAGGAGGAUUUAAGGAACAUGCUGAGGGCUGCUAUUUUUCUUGUACGAAGAGCCAUAAAAGACAUAGUAUCUUCAGUUUUUCAAGCUUCCCUGAAACUUUUAAAAAUGAUCAUUACACAAUAUGUACCAAAGCAUAAACUGGGAAAGCUGGAAACUUCUCACUGUGUGGAAAAAACACUUCCAGGUUUGCUUUCUAGGACAGGAGACUCUUCAUCCCGCCUUCGCAUUGUGGCUGCUAAAUUCAUUCAGGAAAUGGCGCUGUGGAGUGAAGUUAAACCUCUUCAGAUUGUUCCAGUUCAUUUGGUUCAACUGUUAAAACCGAACUCCCCAACACACCUGGCCAUGAGUCGAGUGGAAUUAGUUGAGUGCCUCUUGAAAGAGAUGGGAACUGAAAACUCAGGGUUUACCAUCAGCAAUGUCAUGAAGUUUGCAACAGGAGCUUUGGAGCACAGAGUUUACGAAGUUCGUGAUGUAGCGCUGCGAAUUAUCUUUGGUAUGUACAGGAAACACAAAGCUGCCAUCCUGGAAUAUCUCCCUCCAGAUGAUGCAAGCAUUCGCAAGACUGUUCUCUAUAAAACACUCUUUGAUGGAUUUACUAAAAUAGAUGGUAAACUCUCUGAAGCUGAAAUGAGGGCACAAAAAAAGGCAGCAACAGAAGAAGCAGAGAGACAGAAGAAGGAAGAAAUAAAAGUUCUGCAAGGUCAGCUGGCGGCUCUAAAGGAGAUACAAGCAGAAGUUCAAGCUGGAAAGGAAAAAGAGUCUGAUUUCCAGAAGACAAAAGAUCAAGGUUACAAAAGCCCACAGCCUGCAGCAGCAGAGAUUCCAGAUGAUCAUUCCUCUGUUGCAAAUUACUUGGAUAAUUUAUGCAUUUUUUGUGGUGAAAGGAAUGAAUCCUUUACAGAGGAAGGACUGGAUCUCCAUUACUGGAAACGCUGUCCUAUGUUAACCAGAUGUGAGCACUGCAAACAGGUGGUAGAAAUAGCAAGUCUGACAGAGCAUUUGUUGACUGAGUGUGAUAAGAAGGACAGCUUUGGGAAGUGCCAGCGAUGCAGUGAAGCCUUUCCAAAGGAUGAGUUGCCCAAACAUAUUAAGAGCAGGACUUGCAACGCUGCCAAACCAGAACAUGUGGCAAACCAUUGCCCAUUGUGCCAUGACAACUUUUCUCCUGGAGAAGAGGCCUGGAAGUCACACCUCAUGGGCAUGGAUGGCUGUGCAAUGAAUCUACGAAGGCUAUCCACCAUAAAUAAAACUAUUCCAAUGCAGCCUGGCAGAACAGGAGGCCACUAUUUGAAGAAACCGAGUCCUUCAAGAACCAAAGUUCGACCUCCCUCCAUAGGAAGCAAGAUCCCAACACCAAGAGGAGGCCCAAAUAAAAGCUCAGGCAAAACAUACUCAAAGCAAUGACAGGACAAGUACUGUGGUUUGUAUUUUUUAUCUUAACAAUUGGGCAUGUCAUUAUUAAUGGUCGUUUAAAGAUUUUGAGCAACUUAGAUCUUUUACAUAUGAAUACCUGAGGCUGUGUGUAGGCCUGGAGCAGUACAGUGGGGGCACUGCUCCAUGGCUUCCAUGGCAGCUGGCUGUGCAGCACUGUGGUUUUCUUGUUAGAAAGGAAGGAAUCCUCCACUGCAGCCACCUGUAUCGUUCCCCAUAGUGCACAAGGAAGGUUAUGCAUUGGGCAACAACUGCUUCCUUGUUACAAAAACAGCCCAAACCAAACCCUGAGGAGUACAGAAUUCAUAUGGAGGGAUGGUGUGCUUACUGGCACGGGGAGCACAGGCUGUGCCCUAAUUAGUGGGCUGCUCAUGGGCUCCGUGCUGUGGUGGUGGAGGUGGUGCCUUACAGAGGCGAGCGAUGGCACGGCUGUGCAGUUGGUGUAAGGUGGAAUGAAAAAUGUAUGUGCACGUGAGAAGAAAUGUGGACCAGAAUACACAAAACGUGUAUCCAAAGAGCUGUGUGUACAGGGAAACUCUUGAACCCUUCCAUUGGUAAAAUACCAAUUUUAUAAGGCAGAAUUCUUCCUUACCUGUUUGUGUAAUGAAAAAGAAAAGAGAGGGGGGAUGUAAUGCAGCUGAUGAAAGCUAUGAGGGCUUUUUGUUUUCCCUUUUGCUAAUUCUAUACUGUUAAUAUUCAGCUUAGCUGCUUUGUCAGGGCGUGCAUACAGGGAGCACCCAGACCUGCAGGGGUAUUGCAGUGGCCACAAACCAUGCGUGGCUGUGGGUGGCUCUCAGUGCUGAAGCCUGGCUGUGAUUUCUGCUGCCAAGGAGUGAACGUGUGGUGCUCCUCUGUAUGCACAGCACUGGUUUUAUAACACAGUUUCUAUAGGUUGUGUGCAGCCUGCCUACAAGCGUGUGGAUUUUACAUGUAGAUCAGCACGCUCGCAUUUUGAAAGCCUUUAUAUAGAUAUUAACUCUUCCAAAUAUAUAAAUAAUAUAUAUAUAUAUUCAUAACGUUUGUAUAUGUAAUAUAUACGUAUGCUUCCUUCACUGGGGAGCCGCAGGUUCCUGUGUCAGAGCCUCGCUCCUUAGGCAAGCCGAGCAGCAGCUGGUUGUGUUCAGAGCUGAGCAGCGGUGUGCCGUGGGCUGCAGGGUGUGCCAUGGGCUGCUGCAGAGCGUGGUUCCUUUGGAAGCGAAGCGUGAGCUUGGCACUGUGCAAAGGAAAGGAGGAAGAACCGUUUGCGUGCCCUGGGUUGGCCGUAACCGCAGCGCCGCGUUGCUCCCCGAGCGUGGCUUCUAAACGCAGAACGGAACGAAGAGAGAACGGGUUGUGUGCGGGCAGCGGGCUGUGUGCGUUCUAUGUCGUAGUUCGGCGGACCCUUUUUAGAUACGCUUUUAAUAAUAAACGAAAGACUGGAUUAAAA